ACGACAUUUUGUUAGUUUUUUCAGGACUUGUAGCUUUCAUUUACUUGGCUUAGGGUUCUCUCCAAUUGUUGUAGAAGAAAUUUUGGGAUUUACUCUUCUUUAUUCAUCUUGGAUUGGAGGUUCAAAUAUGUCUGGUGGAUCCCUUGGACAAAGCAAGCAGACAAUGUUUUCAUCUAGCACUCCACAUUUUUUCAAAAUAAUUUUACAAGAGACUCUUCAACAGAACAAGCUUCAUAUUCCUAAUAAGUUUACAAGUAAACAUGGUGAAACUUUAUCCAAUUCGGUGCUCGUUAAGCCUCCAUGUGGCUCAAAAUGGAAAAUGGAGUUAACAAAGAAAGAUAAAAAUAUUUGGUUUGAGAAGGGUUGGCUAGAUUUUGCAAAGCAUUAUGCCAUAAAAAGAGGCAGUAUGAUAAGCUUUAGAUAUGAGGGGAAUUCUAACUUUAGUGUUGUUAUAUUUGAUUUAAGUACAGUUGAGAUAGACUACCCUAUUCCAUCCAAUUUGGUUGGUUCUAAUAUUGAUAGUGAGCUUAAAAUCCCCAAGAGGAAAGUUGUUGAGGAGGAUUCUAUUGAAAACUUGGAUGAAUAUUCUUCACCAUGUUCUCAGCCUCACAAGAAAAUGAGAACUCAAAGCAAUCCACCUUGUCUAAAACUUGAGUCAGAAACAAGAGGCAUGGAGAAAUUUUACUUUGGAAUUUAUUAUGCUUUUCUGAGCUUAAACAAGAUGCUAGUGAUGUUAUGUAUUUUGCAUAUUUGGCAUAUGAUCUUUUUAAUUUUUUUGCAGUGAAACACAACUUACCUGCUGCAACCAGACCGCGGUCGACUGGAAGAGAUGAAAUUGAAACUCUUCAGAAGGCUAUUGGUUUCAAUUCUAGACGACCAUUUUUCAAGGUUGUCAUGCAGCCAUGCUAUGUUCAUGGUCACCAAAUGGCAAGCUUCCUUUUAACACUUACCACACCAAUAGAAAUUUUGUGAAAAAUUCAAUAUGCAAGAGAGGAUUGUUUGUUGUCAAGUAAUAGAGCUAUAACAAAAAUAUGAUUCUUUGACUGAUCAGAAUUGUUUAUUACUUUUUUGUUUCUUUAGAAUUUUCCAUGCAGCUUUGCAAAGAAAUAUCUAAGAACAACAUGUAGCAAUGCAAUACUUAAACUCUCAAAUGGGUGCGGGAGGACUUGGUCUGUGCAAUAUAAGUUUGGAGUGUGUAAUAAUAAAGUAACAUCAUCCAGAUUCCAGGCUGGUUGGUCAGCUUUUGCUCAGGACAACAGUCUAAAAGUAGGCGAUGUUUGUGUAUUUGUUAUGCUUGAGGACAUAAAUUUAACAUUUGAAGUUGUAAUUUUCCGAGCUAGUAGAAACUCAAAAACCUUCAUGUCCCCAGAGCUCAAGGAUGCCAUGGAUGUUGAAACUGUCAUGCCUAACUCACUUGACAAUUUUUCUUCGAAAAAAGGGAAUGGACGCUUGACUACUCGUCCUACACCAAAAAAGAAACAACCACACUUUUCAGUGAUUGAAAAAGCUAAGCUCCUUGAAAGGGUUCACUUUAAAUCCGAAUAUCCUUUUUUCAAGAUUGUUAUACAACCAUCAUAUGUUGAUUCGAGACACGGUUUGAAUGUACCAUUGAAUUUUGCUAUGACACAACUCAAGGAGGGUGCUGCCAUUCUUUCAAUUUUGAACGGUGGAUCUUGGCCUAUUCAAUUUCAAAUGAGGCACAUUAAAACUAAUGGGGAAAUGAGAGCUGAUUUCAGAUGUGGUUGGAUAGAAUUUGUGAGGGACAAUGAUUUGAAAGUUGGCGAUGUCUGCAUUUUUGAGCUUCUUAAUAAAUCUGAUAAUUUGUUUAGAGUUUCCAUUGUCCGUGCUGCUGAUGAUGCAUACCACCAAAAGUCUCAAGCUGGUGCAACCAAGCCAAAAGUUGAAGUGGGAGAAAAAGUUACUGAGUUUUUCUGAAUCAGCUGCUCUCGGCUGAGCAAAAUAUGCCUGCUGUUAGAGUUAUUAUAAGGUUAUUUUAGUCUUUUAUGUUAUUUUAUUAUCUUUUGCCUUUUAUGAGACUUGGCUGAUUAUUUUAUGGUGAGAGAAUAUUUGUUCUUCUUUUGCAAUAUACUUAGCUCUUCUCUUUCU